AUGGAUUGUAUUGCUUUGAUCGGCAUCGCUUGUGAAUUGCCCAAUGACAUUCAUUCACCGCACGCAUUAUGGGAUUUCAUCACAAAUAAUAUUCACCUUCAAAGUGAAAUAAGAACAGAGCAAACGGACUAUCAAUCAACGCCCAUACCUUUAUUGGAUACUAAUCCGAGUUUGAAUAGUAAACCGAUCGAACGUAGUUAUCUCCUUAAAAAAGAAAUUUUAAAUGGAUUUGAUCCUGAAUUUUUCGGUGAAUGUGUUGUAUUGAUACUGCUGAAAAGAUUAUCAGAUGCUAUUCGUGAUUGUGAUCAAAUUUAUUGUGUUAUUCGUGAUGUACUUUCACAUCGUGACAAUGAUAUCGAUAUGAAGAAUUGUUCAAGCCUAUUCUCCAAUGCUCCACUUCAGCUGUUGAAUGAAAUCUAUAACGUACGAAACCAAACUGAUUUGUCCCAAGUAUUCUAUAUUGAAGAACAUGGUAUUAUUACAACAGAUGACAAUCUAUUGGAAGAAAAUACAAUAGGUGAAUUUUUUCAUCGCGGUGAAGCUGAACAGCCCCUUUUGCUCGGUACAGUCAAGUCUAAGAUUGGUGAUACUGAUGGUGCAGCCGGUAUCGUAGCUUUAAUCAAAGUUGCAUUAUCAAUCAAACAUCGUAUGAUUCCACCACAAAUGACUUUUGGAAAUUUUAAUCCGAAAAUUAAAUUUAAAGAAUAUAACUUACAGAUUGUUGAAAAUUUGACGAUAUUUCCAUUAAAUCAACCCAUAAUAAUCGGAAUUAACUGCAAGAAUUCUCAUGCAAUCGUCGAGGAAUGGAUCAAUUCCCAUUAUUCUUGUUCAGACAAACCAAUGCUAUACCAGUGUUCAGAAGAAACAAUAGCAGAUGUAGUUCAACAACAGCAGCAUUAUGUUGCAGUUAUUUCCGGACCACAAUGGUGGAAGAUGGGGCGUGAAUUAUAUAAUUCUGAGCCAGUAUUUCGACAAUGGAUUAAUAAGAUCAGCACAGAACUUGAAACAUUAACAAAUGAAUGGUCAUUGAUCAGAGAACUUAUUGAUAUGAGUGAUGAGAAGUCAUCGCAUAUUAAUGAAACAAACAUAGCUCAACCUGCAAUCUUCGCCGUGCAAGUGGCACUGACUGCGCUUUGGUUAUCAUGGGGUAUUUAUCCACGAGUAAUUGUCGGACAUUCAGUUGGCGAAGUAGCUGCCGCUUACGUUGGUGGACGAUUAAUACUGACAGAAGCAUGCAAAGUAAUAUAUCAUUAUUCACGUCUUCAGCACCGUAAUACACGUCAAGGUGGACGUAUGCUAGCAGUUAUAGGUCUGGAAGAAACAGAAGCACGUUCACUUCUUCAAGGAGUUGAAAACCGUGUUUCAUUUGCCGCUAUCAACAGUCCUACUUCAGUCACAUACAGUGGUUAUAGCACAGAGCUAGAACAGUUAUAUCAAUCACUAGCAAAAACAAAACCCAACGUUUUUAAAACAUGGAUAAGACUCGAGAAUGCAUUACAUAGCCCUCUAAUGGACAACUUUAAUAUUUAUCAAGACCUCUUAAAGUCUCUUAGUGAUAUCAAUGGAGAUUAUUCUACAAUUCAGGAAAAUGAUAUGUUCGACAAAUAA